AUGAUCAGUUUCAACAAGAAGCCACAAGAAAGUGGCAAAAAUACUGAUGUACAUCUGGGGUUUAACUAUGUUGCUCGGCAUUGUUGUCUUCCUGAUCUCGUGGCUUCGACGAGAUUAGCUAUGCUCUUGUCGAUGUAUUGCGGAGGAGUGGGCAUUGUGGUCAAUGGUCUAAUUGCGAAAAAGACUGAGGAGUUUCUUGCUGCGUCAAAUUUGCCUUGUUUGGUCUCGGUGGAUUAUGUGACGGAAGCUAAGCGAUUGAAGACACAUGGAGAUCAUCUAUCACAAGACGGACAGUAUGCUGCUGCACGCUCAUUGUACAUUCUUUCAGCAUGGAUGAUUACAGAAUAACCCGUCCUUCGCAGAUUGCUCUUCAGUCACAUUUUGAUCAGUACAAAGGGAGCGGACUCCCUUGGCCGAAAUGGAGAGUUGCGGCAGGUAUGCGAUGUUUGA